AUGUAUCUAGAGGCUGCGACCCGCAUCCACACUUCCACAAUGGAGGAGAUCCUCCAUCGCAUCCGUACCCUCCCUGAUCUCCGAGCUAAGGUUGACGAGUGGGUUCAACGCCUGGAGACUGCUUCGCUUCUCUCUCGACCCGAAGCGUUGACGAAACAUCUUCACAACGUGACAAAUUCCUCCGCCUCCCGUACGCUCCAAAGGUUGUACGCACGUACAGUGUCAGGAGUCGGAGGGCCUGACCCUUGGCUGGCCUCGCGACCGGAAGACCUCUCUAAUACACGCGUGGUGCUCCUCCCGUCCUUCUUCUGGUCAUCGUUCCUGACGAGUUUCCUUGCCUGCAACCACGUCGAGCUCGCGGAACGGCUUUGGGAUGACAUGCUGCGCUUCGGCGUGGUGCCGGACGUUGUUGCCUGGAAUGCGCUGCUGGAUGGGUACGCGAAGCUGCGGAUGGUCGACUCAGUCCUGAAGACUUGGGACGUGAUGGCCUCGCAGAAGGUGCGGCCGGACGCAUUGAGCUACCGUGCUGUCAUCGAGGUACUCUUCUUGGCGGGUCGAUACAAGGACGCUCUCACGCGUUUCGACGCGUUUCAGAAGGACCUUCCCAACUUUCGCGUUCCCCAUGACCAUUCCACCGUUCUAGCCGUCUACAACACCGUCUUGUAUCAGCUGCUUUUCGUAUCUCGGGAGCCUCAGGCCAAGGCUAUCCUGGACCAGAUGGAGAGCAAGGGCCCCAAACCAGACGUCGUCACUCUGAACACCUUCAUACGGCAUUACGGGCGAAAGGGGGACCUCAAGGCCGUUGCGCAGAUCUUGCGGAAAUUUCAGCCUGCCGAGCUGAAGCCCGACAUCUACACGUUCUCCACCCUGCUUUCAGCCAUGCUCAAAAUCCGGCCAGACGCGGACCGGAUUGUGAUCAACCUCAUGAAGAAGUACGGUGUCUCGCCCGACACGACGUCAUUGACGGCCAUCAUGGACCGGCAGCUCCGUGAAGCGACCCCCGAGAAUUUCAAGAUCGCCAUGGACCUGCUUGGGAAGAUGGAACGUAACGAGUACGAAAACGCCGAGCCGAACGCGAUCACAUACACUUCCGUGCUCACUGCUAUCAACCGGGGCGAUUGGCUCGACCGAAAAGUCGUCGAGGAGCAUAACAGGCGGAUAUGGGAGACGAUGAUGAGCAGAGGUGUCCGCCCGAGUCGGACUACGUACAACGUGCUACUCAAAGCAUCGCUCAACGGACAGAAGCCGGAGGGAGUGAAGAACGCUAUGGCGUACUACAGGGAUAUGGUGACGCGGCGGGUGCAGAUGGGGAACGAGACGUGGUAUAUCCUUCUCCAUGGGCUGAUGGCAAGGAAGCAGUUUGCGCUGGCGCAGGAGAUGGUGAAGGACAUGCAUCGCUUCAACCCCAAAAUGCCGGGAGCGCUACGCACACUGGCGAUGAAAAUAAUGCGACAGUCUGAUAGUUGA